AGAGCUAAGUCUUAGAAUUUCACACUAGAUGAUCACUGUGCAAUGCGGAUGCGAUGUAAUGGUUUGAUUGUCACUUCGCUGUGUUUGCUCCUGGUUUCAGAGUUUUUCAUGUCAAAGUCUUUCUUGGUUGUUGACGGAUCCCCACGAUUGGGCUUGGGGUUAGCUGCUUUGGGACGGCCUGGCUACAUCAAUCUCGGUCGUGUUGAACACUUGUCUCCGGCAGAGACACGCACCCCUGAAGCAUUGCGCGAAAGGGCUUGGCAAGUACUUGAUGCUGCUUGGGAUUUGGGCAUUCGUUACUUUGAUUGCGCAAGAAGCUAUGGUCGCAGUGAAGAAUUUCUCUCUGGCUGGCUGAAGCAGAAGGAACUCAAGAAAGAAGAUGUCGCUGUGGGUUCGAAGUGGGGCUAUCGGUAUACCGCAGACUGGAGAGUGGACACUGGAGGAGAACCUCAUGAGGUAAAGGACCACUCUUUGUCGCACUUAGAGAGUCAGGAAAAAGAGACGGACAGCUUUUUGGGGGAACAUUUGCGCCUUUAUCAGAUCCAUUCAGCUACUCUAGAGAGUGGUGUCCUGGACAACGAAGAUGUACUCAAAAGGCUUCAGAGCCUGCGUGAGGACAAAGGUUGGCGAAUUGGCCUUAGCCUAUCUGGAGUUGGGCAGUCCAAGACUCUGCAGAAGGCUCUGGAGACCGGUGUCUUCGACUCUGUACAAGCCACAUGGAACUUGAUGGAGCAGUCUUGUGGGCCAGCUUUGAAACAGGCACAUGAUGCAGGUCUGGAAGUCAUCAUAAAAGAGGGCAUGGCAAACGGUCGGAUUCUCCAAAGUCCAGUGCUUCUCAAAGCUGCCGAAGCGAUGGAAGUUGCUCCUGAUUCUUUGGCGCUUGCGGCGAUUAUGGCCCAACCUUUUCAACCGAUGGUCCUCUCGGGUGCAGUGACAAUUUCCCAACUUGAGAGUAACCUAGAGGCUGUUGCACUUUCGGAACAUUUAAAAGGCAGCACGGCACUCUCAUCGUUGAUGUCUGAGUCGAUCAUGGAUCCAGAAGCCUACUGGAAGGAACGUUCAGCCCUGACUUGGAACUGAAGCACUUGAAAAGAUUUAGAGCCAACAAACUCAGAUCUAUCAGCAAUCCAUCUACCAAGAAUGCCAGACUGUUCCGGAAAGACCCGACCGGUUCUGAAAGUUUUCCAGACCCUAGAUUGAUCGAAAAAGCGAACAACUGGACUCGCGAGUUUCUGCAGAGUCCUUACCAGGUUGGUGCAUGUUGUGUUUUGACUCGGAUAUUUUGCGGAAUUUGACUGGUCUUGCUGCGAUUCAAUGUGGAUCCUCUCUUGGAAUCUAAAUGAAGGGUAAGUGCAAUAUAUCAGCGAGAGAGAACAAGGGUCUCAUGGACCUCAUUGAUCAUUUGAGAAGAUGCACUCCAAUGCAAGGGAGAUGCUGUAGAUUUGCUGAUCCAGCAUGCGAAG